GCCUCGCUCAUCGCGAGAGGCACACGCGGCGCAGCUGCGCUCUCGACGACUCGGCGCUCCCUCCCGCAGCACCGCCACGCGCGCACGUCGCAGCAGCAGCUCGGCCGACGGAUUGCGCAUCUAAAACGACGCGCACAUCGACACGUCCGUGUGUGUUGGGGGCUCCGUUGUGGUCGAGACAGCAAAUGGGUGAGGAGGAGGAGGUUGGUAGGAGCACGGUGGAGAGGUUCUCCAGCCCCGGCAAGGGGAGAGGGCUCCGUGCUGCUCGCGGCAGCUUCUCACGGGGCGACCUGCUGUUCGUUGCUCAUCCGUUCAGUGCCACCGUCGCCGACGAUGAACGGGGAAGAUUCUGCGACAAUUGCUUCGCCAGGAAGGAAAAGCUGUCUCACUGUGGGAAGUGUAAGCAGGCGUAUUACUGCAAUGCACAGUGCCAGCGAGCCGAUUGGCCAUCACACAAGCUGGACUGCGACGGGCUGCGGCAGAUGGGCCCACAGUGGGCACCUGGGGAGGCAGUGAGGCUGGUUGCCCGGAUUCUCACCAAGCAAAAGAUGACUAAAGAGACGUGCGCAUCGGAGGAGUUGUUGCGGGUCGAGGAGAUGGAGUCACAUACCGAGGAGCUGGAUAACGAGCAGAGGGAGGCCAUCGGGCAGGAGAUCACGGCGCUGCACCACUACUACUCGCGACAGCUGCAAAUACCCGGCAACGAGGAGAUGGUGGAGAUGUUUUGCAAGGUGAGAUGCAACGGAUUCACAGUGGAGGAUGAAGAGCUCCACCACAUCGGGGCUGCGCUGUACCCGAGCCUCGCUCUGCUCAACCACAGCUGUGACCACAACUGCGUGGUGACGUUCAGAGGCAGCACUGCCCAAGUGAGAGCUCUGCGGGAUAUCGGGCAAGGGGAGGAGCUGUCCAUCAGCUACAUUGACCUGCUGUACCCGACGGAGGAUCGCAACGAGCGUCUGCGGGAGAUGUACUUCUUCACCUGCCACUGCUGCCACUGCCAGAGCCACCACCUGGACGACGAGAAGCUGGCGAUCCGCAAGCUCAGCGAUCCGCCGAGCCCCGAGUCCGUGCGCGAGGCGAUUAAAUACUCCAAGUUCAUGAUGGGAGAAUUCCGCGCAGCCAAGCGCUCCAAGACUGGCACGGAGCUGCUCGAGAUGUGCGAGCAGUGCCUGGAGAAGCAGCGCAGCGUCCUGUCGGAGAGCAACGUGUACCUGCUCCACAUGGCCUACCAGGCCAUGGGCGUCUGUCUCUUCGUCGAGCAGUGGGAGAGGGCACUGGACUACGGCCUGCAGGUCAUCAAGCCGUACUGUAAACUGUACCCACGUCUCUCGCUGAACGUGGCCUCGUUAUGGCUCAAGAUUGCCCAACUUCAGAGCAACCUGGAUCACACAAGUGCAGCAGCCAAGUCCUUCAGCAAGGCUCUGGCGAUAAUGGAAGUCACCCAUGGCAAAGAUCAUCCAUUCAUCGAGGAGCUGAGAACAGCCGUGAAAUCCAAGAAGAGCAACACUUCAUAGCACUAUCAUCUUCUUCACUAUCAUCGUUGCGCAAUUAUCAGAGCUGGGGAGAUUUGACUACCUUUUUUGGUCGAUUUCAUAAAAAUGGCGGCCACUCUCACAUGGUGCCUCUCGAAAGCUGGAAACCCCCAACAAGCCACGCCCAGCGAGACGCGGCUGACGAUGGCAUCACCAGUGGAAGCCCAUCAUCUCCCAUGCAGCAACACGUGAUAACAGUUUGUUCCGCCCCCCCCCCCCCAAACUAUUUCGGAGCUAUUCGAGGAAUCUAAUAAUUCUAAUUCAUCACACCAAUAUACGGUAGCAUAAUAAAUUACUCAAACAUAUAUCCUAAGCUCUAUUAUUAAUCCUAAGAUAAUUGCUUUACAUGGCAGUUGCAUGUAUAGUUUCCUCAUGGUAUUUUGAUGUAGAAGUGAUCGAGCUAUGUUUGGCAAGUGGAAGGUAAUGGACUAAUCGCACCUCCGAUUAGCACGGUUGGCGACACACGCUGCAAAAUAAGUUCGACGUACAUACCAUUAAUCUAAUUCAACUCCAUUGUUUUGAACUGGGUGUUUAAUCGAAGCAUUGCCAUGCUCCUUCCGAUUGAGGUCCUGCUGUGGGAAGCAUUCAUCUCACGUAACUGGUGCAUUCCUUGUUCUUUUUAAAAACACAGACAUGUCCAAUGUGCAACUUUCAUAUUUCAUCAGUGCAUUUAUACAGAAGUGUAUGGGUGCAUCAAUUUUGAGAUUUCCCACAGGAAAACAAAUGUUUUGCUCAUAUCACCGAAUUUACAAAGGAUAGUUUGUGGAUUAAAUUCUUGCCAGCUCGUCGAAUAAACAUUGAUAUUUUAAAA